UUUAGCGGGAGGACUGGAACAGGGCGGCGCUCUGGAGGAGCGACGUGGAGAUUAAAGUGGCGUUCCGGUGACGUUUCUUUGAAUACUUUACUUUAGAAGCGUCCAGGGAUGCGCCCGGAUACCACACUUUACGCGCGGUGGUAACUGGAAGCGGAUGAUUUCGACUCACUAACACUAAAAACCUGUCAACUUUCAGCCUUUGGUUAAGGAUUGACUCAGAUCCCUGAACAGUCAGGACAAGACCUGUUUUGAGUAUGAGUAUAGGCACCAGUCUCAUCCCUGCUGCCUUUCCUCCAGUUUUGGAUACUUACCUUGAGUAUUGCAGCACAGUGUGCGCGUCCUCCUUCGUCCACGCAGACUCACUCACAUGGGUGUCUUCGCUCUGUCCAUCCAAACGGUGUGUUAGAAUGGAGCAAAAUCAACCUGAGGAGCAAGAGGACCCGAGCUCUGAGCUUCAGCCUCAGCUAGAUCUGUUUAGGAAGUUGGGCUUCUCUGAUGCUCAGGUCCGAGCAGUGCUGCUCAAGCUGGGCCUCCACACCGACACCAACCGGAUUCUGGGAGAGCUGAUACAGGUGAGAGCGGCAGAGACCGGGGAUUCUCUCAGUCCGACAGCGGUGGUUCCACAUGGUGAAAGCCAGAGGAAAGGUCACAGAGUUUCAUCUCUACCUGCUGGACAAGAGGACGCAGCCAAGGACGAAGAUGCCCUCAAGCCGAUAGUGAUAGACGGCAGCAACGUAGCAAUGAGUCACGGGAACAAGGAAGUUUUCUCCUGCCUGGGAAUCCAUCUGGCUGUGAAGUACUUCCUGGAUCGAGGGCACACAGAUGUUACUGUGUUUGUGCCGUCAUGGAGGCGGGAACAGCCCAGGCCGGACGUUCCGAUCACAGAUCAGCAAAUUCUCCGUGAGCUGGAACGGAAAAAGGUUCUGGUCUUCACUCCAUCAAGGCGUGUGGCAGGAAAGCGGGUAGUGUGCUAUGAUGACCGUUUCAUCGUAAAGCUGGCAUACGAGGUAGAUGGCAUCAUCGUGUCCAAUGAUACCUACCGAGACCUGCAGGGGGAAAAACCUGAGUGGAAACGCUUCAUAGAGGAGAGAUUGCUCAUGUACUCCUUUGUUAAUGACAAGUUCAUGCUCCCAGAUGAUCCACUCGGGAGACAUGGACCUACAUUGGAAAACUUUCUGCUCAAGACUCCCCGGGCUACUAAGAAACUCCCCUGCCCCUAUGGUAAGAAAUGCACCUACGGGAUCAAGUGUAAGUUCAGCCACCCAGAACGUGCCAAGCAGUCCCAACGUUCCUUGGCGGAUGAGUUGCGUGAGAAAGCCAAAAUGCCCUCUCCCAUGAAACCGUCCUUGGCAGGCCCGAACCCUUCCCAUGGAGCCUCUCUGGAGGAAGUGAUGGAGCAAAAACUCACGCUCAAUCAAAGUGGAUCACUCAAGAAGGCCCACACCAGUGAGAAUAUGCUGGUGGUGAAGAACACACCACAGUCUACUUCAAGAAAGUCCCCUUCAAAGCGAGAUCGCUCCAGCCAGUACUCCACAACAAAUCCAGACGGCAUCUCUGCUUCCUUUCAGGAGUACCCGGACUCGGGCCUGGGCUCAUAUGAAUGCCACGGCGAGCACCAGUGUGGAGGAGAGCAAAGGAAGUCCAAGAAUCCUUCUAAUGGAAGGUUCCGAUAUCCUCCGACUUGCAGCCAGUCCUUAAACCAAUCCAAUUUACAGUCCAAUCCAGGUUACCAUCCCCAUCACAUGAGUAUAGCUGCAUCCCAAAGCCCAAACAACAUGCCAUACUCUUUCCCUCAAUAUCACUCCUAUGGAGGAGCACCUUACCCACCAGGGAACUUUGCCCAGUAUAGUGUACCCCAUGAGUACCACCACAGAAGCAUGCCUCCUCCUCAAAGUGGUUACUGGUCUGAGCCAUACUUUGGCCACGUGCCUCAAGGACCUGUGCAGGGUGACGGCACUCCUUGGACCCAUCCAUUACCGGAGAAGGAGCAGGUGAGGAAGAAGCUGCGAGCCGUUUUUAAUGCCCGUCUUGUGGACAGAGCAAUGGAGAUGUUCCCAAACCUAAUGGACCCUCAGAAACUGGCCGUGGAGAUCAUCAACCUGCAGUCAUAUGAGGGGGUUUUAUGACUUUUGCUGCCUCGUGGUUGGCUUGCAGAAAAGUAUACACAGUAGAUAGUGUGUGCAUGUAUUCUAUAUUUCUACUGAAACAGUGGGUCGCUGGAAUAGUUGUUGCAUUGACUGGUCAGUUUAGGUGAAAGCCUUCAAAGAUUUUAAGGCUGAAAAUGAAGGAGCAGAUCAUUACGACAUCAAAUAAAGCAAACGUUUAUAAGCUAGGUAUGUUCCACAGUUGAAGCCGUAACCUAUAUUUUAAAUUGUUUAAUGUGCAUUUUACUAUUACACAAUCAAAAUUGACAUUAAAACCCACGUGUCAUACACAAAACUGAUAUGUAAUGAAUAGAACACAGCAGGGUCAGCAGGGAAAAUACUCAACGACAGGGUAGAGCGAUGCUCUCGCACAUCCCGACGUGCUUCAUUCCUCUUAUACCAUAGCGGUUAGCCAGCUAUAAUAUUUAUAAGAUUUAUUUGCUUUUUUUUUUAAUCCAUUUAUGGUUAUGUUUAGUGUUGUGGAACACCUAAGGAAGUUAGUUCGAUUUGAGGAUUCGUUAAGGUAAAAACAUAAAUAAUAUAUGGAAACUAUUUUGGUUAUAGGGAAAUGUACCACAUUCACACUGGUUCAUUUGGUUUUGUAUUAAUAACUGAUAAUGUUAGCAUGUUCAAGGUUGUGUGUUCUCAAAAUGCAGAUAUUUUGGUAAAUGUGUUAUUGGUUGCAUUGACCAGCCAGCCAUAGUGUAUUUUUUUUUAAUUAUCUGGAUUUGUUUCUCAGGUGCUGUUUUGUAGACAUUGACUGCGUUUACAUGGACAACAAUAAUCCACUCUUAAUCUAAUUAAGACCAUAAUUUGAUUAAGAAACUACCAUGUAAACAGCAACCUUAAUCUAAUUAUGGUCAUAAUCUAAUUAAGCUCUAAUCGAAUUAAGACAGGUGGAGUACUCCUGUUUUUAAUCGAAUUAUCGACGUGCAUUACAGACAUGUAAACACCUUAAUCACAUUAUGAACGUCGUGUGAGCAUUUUCACCGCAUUUUGCGACAGGACACGAUCACACACGGCAGUUUUACGCUUUACGGCGAACAAGAGAGUUCGGCUGUGUCCCAAACUGCAUACUUGACUACUAUAAAAAUACAUGCAUCUCGGCUACUAUACAGUAGGUAAGUGUGCGAUUUGAGACGCAGCCCACGGCUUCAAGCAGUCGUCUAUUAGCACGUACAGCAUGACUAAUAAUUAACCGCACUUGAAGCGUUCGUAAAAAAAUUAAAUAAAAACACCCAAAACUGUAUACGGUACCAUAACGAAGACGAACUGUAUGUUGAUACGUGAAAUUCUGGAGGGACGUCGGACGGCGUGCCGCGGUGACGUAAUGACGCGGGCUCUUAAUCUAAUUAUGAUCAAUAACAUGUAAAACAGGUACAUGACAGGAGUAUUCUAAAAGCGACUCAUGUAAACACCUUAAUCACAAUAUUACCUUACUUAGAUUAGGGUCAAUAAUUAGAUUAUUGCUGUCCAUGUAAACGUAGUCAUUGUGCCAUGGAAUGAUGUCGUAAUUGUCGUAAUACUGGAUAUCGACUCUGUGUUCCUUAUUUAUGUUUUAUGUUCCAUAUGUUUGCUUUCUAUUUUAGGCACCUUAAUGAUACACAUCGUGUAGUAUGUUUUAUAAGUGCAUAUAGUAUUUUUUGUGUUUAGUUUGUAAAUAGCCUUUAAGUGCCUAAUAUGGUCUAUUGGCACCGUGUGCCUGAAACACCAAUGAAAGCCUGAAAACUACCUAAAACGGGUAGAUGAGUGUACACCCUGUGGGUUCUGGGUAUUUUCCAAUUUAGUAUAAUGCAUUAAAUAGUCAUAUAGUCACUGUCUGAUAUAAGUCACAGACUUUUCUGCGCCGUUGCACUCUGAAAAUUUUAUGCAAAGCAGGACUGGCUUGAUUAAGAGGACAAAGGAAAGAAAAGCCACAUGGAACACACCUGUGCUUAAGUGCUUCUAUGGAAUCCCAAGACAUUGCAAGAAUGGAGCUGGGGUUUGAAAGUGAUUUACAUACGACCGAUACAUAAUUAAGCUCCUCCCUCAUCGAAGUGCUGCAGUUUGUAUGUAUUCCGCAGUUUAGAGUCUGCUGGCUCUAAACUGUCAUGCAAUAAAGACAAUAUUAUAACAACUCGCACGUUCUUAUCUUAACUAUAAUUGAAAAUCCUGAUAACAUUUGAAUGAUUCAUAUUAUCAUACUAAAUAUUUCAUAUUGGCAAGCUUAGCCCAUAAGUUACAUUGUAUCAGCCAAUCACGAUCAUGCAACAUAUCGACAUGAGAAAGAGAGAAAGAAUAUAACUAGAAAGAAAGAAAGGCUACAGGUAGAACAAAAGAAAGUAAUUCUAGAAUUAGUUAGAAACAUUUCAACAAAAAAGAAAAGAAAGAAUACAGUAAGAAAUAAAGAAAAUCUAAUUAUAAAACAUGUCAACAAAGAAAGAAAACAAUUACACGCAUACAUAUA